CUGGCCAGAACACAGGCUCCUGCUCGUCCCUCCGUGGCAUCCCGCUGGGCAGCGACCAUUCCACCCACCCCGGGGAGCCGCCCUUGGCAGACAGCUGCUUCUGUCCCGACCGCUCCUUCAAGGCCUCGAUCAGAGCCCCUGGACCCGACCCGCUAGCUGCGGCUACUCCCGUCAGACGCGGGUCGGCUGGAGGAGCGGGUCAGGCAAGCAAACGAUUACCUACAAAAUAUUGGAGACGGAUCCAGGAUCCAUAAGACUUUACACCUUGAAUCAAGCAUUUAUUUGAUACACUCUUCUAUAUUUCCUUCAUAUCAACUAUAUUAUUUUAAAAGAGAAUUAACAAAUUUGCCAUUAAGAUAUUUUUAAAAAUAAUAUUACCCACACUUUCCAAUGCCUAAGAAUAGCAAAGUGGUAAAAAGAGAAUUAGAUGAUGAGGUUAUUGAAUCUGUCAAAGACCUUCUUUCCAAUGAAGAUUCAGCUGAUGAUGCUUUUAAGAAGAGUGAACUAAUUGUUGAUGUUCAAGAUGAGAAGGAUAUAGAUGCUGAAGAAGUAUCUGAAGUCGAAGAUGAAAGACCAGCUUGGAGCAGUAAGCUACAAUACAUCCUGGCCCAAGUUGGAUUUUCUGUAGGUUUAGGGAAUGUGUGGCGAUUCCCAUACCUAUGUCAGAAGAAUGGGGGUGGUGCAUAUCUUUUGCCAUAUUUAAUACUGCUUAUGGUAAUAGGUAUUCCACUUUUUUUCCUGGAACUUUCUGUGGGUCAAAGAAUUCGGAGAGGAAGCAUUGGUGUGUGGAAUUACAUAAGCCCAAAACUGGGUGGUAUUGGAUUUGCGAGUUGUGUGGUGUGCUUUUUUGUGGCUCUCUACUACAAUGUCAUCAUUGGCUGGAGUUUGUUUUAUUUUUCUCAGUCUUUUCAGCAGCCUCUGCCUUGGGAUCAGUGUCCUUUGGUGAAAAAUGCUUCACAUACUUUUGUGGAGCCAGAAUGUGAAAAAAGUUCUGCCACCACCUAUUACUGGUACAGAGAAGCACUGAAUAUUUCCACUUCCAUCUCUGAAAGUGGGGGCUUAAACUGGAAGAUGACCAUUUGCUUGCUGGCUUCCUGGGUCAUGGUUUGCCUGGCUAUGAUCAAAGGCAUUCAAUCUUCUGGAAAAGUCAUGUAUUUUAGUUCUCUGUUCCCAUAUGUGGUACUUAUAUGCUUCCUAAUUAGAGCACUCUUUUUAAAUGGUUCAAUUGAUGGCAUCCGACACAUGUUUACCCCUAAGCUUGAAAUAAUGCUGGAUCCCAAAGUCUGGAGAGAAGCUGCUACUCAGGUGUUCUUUGCCUUAGGUCUGGGGUUUGGUGGCGUCAUUGCCUUUUCGAGCUACAACAAAAGAGACAACAACUGCCACUUCGAUGCUGUGCUGGUGUCCUUCAUCAAUUUUUUUACUUCUGUGUUGGCAACAUUGGUGGUAUUUGCAGUUCUGGGCUUCAAAGCGAAUGUCAUAAGUGAGAAAUGCAUCGCAGAAAAUUCAAAAAUGAUUGUAACAUUUUUGAAAAUGGGCAACAUUAGUCAGGAUAUUAUUCCCCCUCACAUCAACUUAUCAGCUGUUACUGUAGAAGAUUAUCACUUAGUUUAUGACAUCAUUCAAAAAGUGAAAGAAGAAGAGUUUCCUGCUCUUUACCUCAAUUCCUGUCAAAUUGAAGAUGAACUAAAUAAAGCAGUUCAGGGAACUGGGUUAGCUUUUAUUGCCUUCACAGAGGCAAUGACACAUUUCCCUGCAUCUCCCUUCUGGUCGGUGAUGUUUUUCCUCAUGCUGGUGAAUCUUGGGCUCGGCAGCAUGUUUGGAACCAUCGAAGGGAUCAUCACGCCUAUUGUGGACACUUUCAAAGCGAGGAAAGAAAUUCUUACUGUUAUCUGUUGUCUUCUGGCAUUUUGUAUUGGCCUGAUAUUUGUGCAACGCUCUGGAAAUUACUUUGUUACAAUGUUUGAUGAUUAUUCUGCUACACUGCCUCUUCUAAUUGUAGUCAUUUUGGAGAAUAUUGCUGUAUCCUUUGUCUAUGGCAUAGAUAAGUUUAUGGAAGACCUAAGAGAUAUGCUGGGCUUUGCUCCCAGCAGAUAUUACUACUAUAUGUGGAAAUAUAUUUCUCCUCUGAUGCUCUCAUCACUGCUAAUAGCUAGUAUUGUGAAUAUGGGAUUAAGCCCUCCUGGCUAUAACGCAUGGAUUGAAGAUAAGGCAUCUGAAGAAUUUCUGAGAUAUCCUACAUGGGGAAUGGUUGUCUGUAUCUCUCUGAUGGUCCUAGCCAUACUCCCUGUCCCGGUUGUCUACAUCGUUCGUCGCUGCAACCUGAUAGAUGAUAGUUCUGGCAAUUUAGCUUCUGUGACCUAUAAGAAAGGAAGGGUCCUAAAGGAGUCGGUAAACUUAGAGGGAGAUGAUGCAAGCCUCAUUCAUGGAAAGAUACCAAGUGAGAUGUCAUCUCCAAAUUUUGGUAAAAAUAUUUAUCGGAAACAGAGUGGAUCACCGACUCUGGAUACUGCUCCCAAUGGACGAUAUGGAAUAGGGUAUUUGAUGGCAGAUAUGCCAGAUAUGCCAGAAUCUGACUUGUAGCUGGGGGGAGAAAUCAGUGGGUUUUAUUUAGUUCAUUUUUGUCAGUGAACAUUGGCUCCAUGAAGAGAAGCAUUAGGCUUCACUUAUCAGAGGGUGAUCUCAGGUGUUUCAUGGCUGUGAUCUUCAACCCUAACGGUGUAUGUAAAUUCAGCUAGAAUGUUCCUUUGGAUUCUUUGGUUUACAUUUGCACAGGCAGAGUUACAGAGAAAGCUUAUGAUGACAAGGGUUCAUGCUUGUCAGAAUUUUUAAAAAUACUUUUGGUAUUUUUUUCAAGUAUUUCUAUCUCUAAAAAAAACAGGAGUUACCUCAGUUUCUAAUAAUUUCUGGAUGUAAUAGUAUUUGUAAUUGAAAAAUGGUAUACUUCAAAAUGUAUAAGUUUGCCCUCAGGUUAACUCCCGGUAUUACAAUGAAUGGUUCUGUGAGUCGGUGCCUCUCAGCACAUUUCCAUGAAUAUAUUGUGUAGAUAGGCUGUACUUAUUUUGGUAGCAUUGAUACCUUGGUAGGCAAUUAGUUGAAAAAAACUGCAAAAUAUUUUCUUAUGUAAUAGUUAUAUAGAGCAAUAGUAUCAAAGAAUAAGAAGGCACUAAUGUUGGGAUGAAAGAUUGUAUUCAGGGUGACUAAGGAUCAUGUGUGCGAUGGCUGUAUAUUUUGUGUAAAAUAUAUGUGAAAAUGAUCUAAGUAUGAGUCACUCAGCACUCUCAAGAAUUAUGCAGAUCCCGCAUUUUUCUAUGCCAUGUGCCUAAAAAACUACUUGAUAUUUAUUGGGAAUUCAAGAUUACUCAUAGUAUAUUUAUAUAAUAUACUUGCAAUGUAUAUAGGUGAAUAACGGUACUCUAAGUACUGAUUUGAAAACUUGAAGCAAGAUGGCAUUUUAUUUCAUAUAUUAUUUCUGUUUUGCUUCUGUUUUAUGCAAAUAUAAAUCCUUUUUUAAGUGAUUGUUAAAGUUGUAUGACAUUACAUUUUAAGCUACAAAUAA